AUGACGCGGAUCCUUCAAGACAACGCCAAUUCUUCUUCCUCAGUGCUGCACAAUCUACGUCUUGCAAAGACAUGGAUGGCAGCAUGUUGGAAAAAUCAUCCACUUUGCCUUCAGUUUAACAUUCCGCCUAUGCCAACUCGAGUCAUCGACGUUGGUCCGCCUGAUGGAUCUAGAAGCCCCCGCCUUUGCACACCACAUGUGCGCGCCAGAUACUUGACACUUAGCCAUUGCUGGGGACCGUACCAGAUAGUCACCACCACGACCAGCAAUCAUAGCCAGAACUGCCGGGGGAUUCCCAUGGAAAGCCUACCAAAAACCUUCCAAGAUGCGGUCAAUGUCACGAGACAGUUCGGAAUGCGAUACAUUUGGAUCGAUUCCCUAUGUAUCAUACAAGACUCGGCAGAAGACUGGGCAAAAGAGUCAGCCAAGAUGUGUGCAGUUUACAAGAAUGCACUUUUUACGAUUGCCGCAUCUCGUGCAUCUAGUGGUAAAGAUGGCUUGUUUACAUCAGAGACGCCCGUCCUACAUACUCCAUGCUUACUGCCACAAUACGACUUCGUCACCAAAGGAGGGAAUCAAAUUCAUAUCCACCUCACCCGAGAUCCCGAACCAACAGAUGUGGGAUUUCUGAAGAACGACCUCAAAGGACCCUUGUAUGACCGAGCAUGGGUUCUCCAAGAAGAGAAGCUCUCACACGCCACUCUAGCCUUCACAGAAACGGGCAUGACGUGGGAGUGCUCGUACAGCAUGGUCACAUCGCAGGAUCCGGCAGGUAUAGAUGAUAAUUUACGUCCUGAUUACCUGAAAUAUGCCAUAAAGCUAGGGGAGCGUUACUCUCGCAUGCCGUCCGUCCUUCGAAAAGAGAAGGAAGACUUCAAAGCGCGCAAUCCAACAUAUGACGAGAAGUUAUUAAGGACACAGUUCAUAUCGAAGCGGGCGAAUAUCUAUCAGGAAUGGUGCGAGGCUGUCGAGCUUUAUCUCCUCCGCCAAAUCACUCAUCCCGCCGAUAGACUACCUGCUCUAAGUGGUCUGGCCGAAGCCACGAAGGAGGUAUUAUCAGAUCGCUUCUCGCAAGAAAAGUACGUCGCAGGCAUCUGGCUAUACGAUCUCGCGAGACAGCUAGUCUGGUCAACAAGCAUGGCACAUUUCCACUCCCGGAAGCACGUCCACCUCUACGAAAGGCGAGCACUCGGUAACCCACCUAAGAACCGCAGAACUCGGCCUCCAGAGCUGUACAGAGCGCCAACAUGGAGCUGGGCUAGUAUGCAUGAGACGCCCGUAUCAUGGGGGAUGCAUUUCUGGGCAGACUGGGGCGGAGAUUGGAUUAAGUUGAUUCUGGCCAAGACACAAUGGACACCCAGCACUUUGAAUCCAUACGGAAAUAUUUCAAAUGCAGAGCUUUGCGUCGAGGGCAUGUUACUCUCCGUAUUCGUUAUCGGACAAGACGAUCCAUAUUUGUACGACAUAACCCCUGAACUUCUCCGAGAGACGCCUCCCGGUGAAGACCCUGCGCCGUUUGUGAAGAUCGGGAAACUGGUUCUGGAUGAGGAGAAGAGCUUGGUUGGGCUGAGGGAUGGGGAGAUGGGUGGAGCGAUUAUAGAGUUGUUGCCCAUCAUUUCGAGUGAGGAUAGAGGUGAAAUGCACGGAUUUCGAUGGAGCAUUACGUGUUUGGCAGUUGUCAAGAGUGGUUUGGGGGAUGGGAAGUUCAGGAGAAUUGGUUUAGGCUUGGUGCGGGACUUGGACUACUUUCAUCAUGUCGACAGGAGGGAGAUCGUACUUGUGUGA